AUGUCAGAUAAAAAGAAAGUACUUCUUGCUAUUACAUCGUACAACGAAACCUUUUACAAGGAUGGAAAAAAAACUGGAUUAUUCUUGGUAGAGGCUUUGCACCCAUUUAAAGUCUUCAAAGAAAAUGGAUAUGAGGUUGACUUUGUUUCUGAAACAGGGACCUACGGGUUUGAUGAUCAUUCCCUUGGCCCUGAUUUUUUGAAUGGCCAAGACUUGGAGGUUUUUAAGGAUCCUAAGUCUGAUUUCAAUGUACAUUUGGAGAAUAUCAAAAAGGCUUCAGAAGUUAAUGCAGAUGAUUAUGAAAUAUUUUUUGCUUCCGCUGGACAUGGUACUUUAUUUGAUUAUCCGAAAGCCAAAGGGUUGCAAAGUUUAGGAGAAAAGAUUUGGUCUAAUGGCGGUGUUCUAGCUGCAGUCUGCCACGGAGGAGCUAUUUUUGAUGGAAUGACCGACCAAAAAACAGGUAAGCCAUUACUUCAUGGAAAAACUAUUACUGGAUUCACCGAUAUAGGAGAGAUCUUAUUAAAUGUGGAUGGAAUUAUGAAAGAAAAAGGUUUAGAAUCAAUUGAGGAGUUAGCUAAGAAGUAUGGAGCUAAGUACUUAGCUCCUUUGGGUCCUUGGGAUGAUUAUUCCGUUGCUGAUGGAAAAUUGAUUACUGGGGUUAAUCCUGCUUCAGCCGUUUCCACUGCGAAAAGAUCUGUUCUUGCCGUCAAAAAUUAA